CAAUUCAUUCUGACCAGGCGCGGCGCUGUUUGGGACGAGCACCGCGGCACGUUGAGGAUCUCGUCGUCUAGUUCGGCUCCAGUCAAAGUGUCUACUCUGAAAGUCGGAAGUUGGGUUUGAUAGUUUGUGAAACUUGACAAAAUGGCAGAAGACGACGCUUAUGAGUCAAUGCUGUGUGUAAAGCCCGAGGUUCAUGUGUACCGGAUCCCUCCACGGGCUUCUAACCGCGGAUAUCGUGCUGCUGACUGGAAGCUGGAUGAACCUGCAUGGAGUGGCAGGAUGAAAAUCACUGCUAAAGGCAAAAUGGCCUUCAUUAAGUUAGAGGACAAAAACACAGGAGAGUUGUUUGCCCAAGCUCCAGUCACAGAGUAUCCAGGGAGUAUAGUUGAAGCAGUCACAGACUCCAGCAGGUAUUUUGUGAUCCGAAUAGAGGAUGGAAAUGGACGUCAUGCUUUUAUCGGCUUGGGUUUUGCUGAUCGUGGAGACUCAUUUGACUUCAAUGUAGCUUUACAAGAUCACUUUAAGUGGGUGAAGCAAGAAGGUGAGCUUGCAAAACUAGAAGCAUCUGAGAGCACAGCACCUAAACUGGACCUCAGCUUCAAAGAAGGACAGACUAUCAAGAUCAACAUUGGGAACAUAAAGAAGAAGGAAGCAGGUGGCGGCAAAGCACGACCCAUGGGUGGGGGUCUGCUCCCACCUCCACCAGGUGCAAAGGCUGGAGGUCUCAUACCCCCUCCUGGGGGACAGCAGACAGUCUCACCUGUACAGACUAACACUGCUCCUCUUUUAGACUUCGGUUCUCCCGUCCCUGCAGCUCAACCCAGCGCCGACCUGUGGGGAGAUUUCACAUCUGCAGGCUCCAACUCCAGUAAAGAUGCUGUCAAAUCGGGAUGGGUGCAGUUUAGUUGAGUCGUGAGAAAAACCUUGCACACACUCAGGUUCCACACAUUCCAUGGACAGGAAGAUUGUGGCAAAAAACAAACAAACUAAAAGAGAGGAACCGAUAGCAAGUUUACGUCAUUAACGGCACCUUUUCUGUAAAGAACCUGUUCACACAAACCAACACACUCUGGAGGAACAAACAGUAAUAUGUACAUAUUUUUUACAAUCAGAUUCUUUUUUUUUCCCACCUGCUGCUAUGCAGUGGCAGUCUGUCUUUCCCUUUUCACUGUCAGUCUGCCCUGGAAUCAGAUGUAGUUGUGUCCCUCUUCUUUCAAACAUGCGUAUGUUUUCCUGCUCCUGUCAUAUUAUCUGAUUGCACCACCACCACCACCACCACCACUCAUCUCAAGGUUGUUUGUACCAUUUGGGGAAGUUAAAUGGUUUACCUGUUCAAGUAUCCAUGUUUCAUUUAGCUUUAUUCCUAUCUCUGUGUGUGUGUGUGUGUGUGGUUUUCUGUUUCUUUGUAUUUUGAGAUCUUGCAAAGCUAGAUUGAGAUUUGAUCAUUAGUUUUACAUUAAACCUCUUAAGCCUAAAAAAGCACCCAGAUUUUUUUUUUUUAAACACAGCAUUGGAAAAAGUCAUGAUUGCCACUUUGAACAUGCUUUGUUGCUCAUGUUUGUCUUUGUGUACGCUCUUCAUAUGUCGUUGCCUUGUGCGUUGUUGCUUUUUAAAGUGUGCCUUUUACUAAAUUCUGAUUUCUGAUCUUGUCUUCAUUGAGCUUUCAAUUAAGUGCCUUUUUGAGAAAAAUCUAAAUGUAUAAAUGUCUUCUUGUAAAUAAACAGUGUAUUUCAUUGGC